CACGCAUCGAAAAGAGCUGAAAGAGAGCCAGGCACACACAACAGGGCAGUUUGGGGGGUGGGAGGAGCCUUCCCUGCAAAGUCAGGUAGCUGCACACCACGAUUUUUGGUUUAAGAUUUUCUUUUUUUCUUUCUUUUCUUAGGGAUAGCCCACCGGUGCGCCUCUGAGCCGGGAGCCUAGGGGAAUGACGUAUCAACAUGCACACCUCGUUCGUCGUCGUAUUCGCCAAUCAUUUUUUGUCGUCGUUGUUGUUGUUGUUGUGUCGUGUCCCUUUUCUUAUGCCUCUCCUCCAGUUUGUCCUAUUUUUUUUUUUUUUUUUUUUUCCCCCGGCGGAGCCACGGAACUGUCCGUUACUUGUCAAGGCGAGGUUCGGGUUGUGUGGCUGAGCCUCUCUACGCGUAGCCCCAUCCAUGCCCUGCCGCCGCCGCUGCUGCUGCACUUGCCUAACCCGGUAAAGAGCGAAACACAUAAUACACUCGCAAAGUUUGGGCGACCGAACCAAUGUGCAGAAUUGACACAAAAAAUUUAAGCGUAGUAAUAACCGUCGGGUUCGUGGACGUUGUGUGGUAGGGAAACGCUA